AUGGGUACAGAGGACAUAGCAGCAGCAGCAGACAGGCAGAGAGACACGCAGGCAGAGAGACACGCAGGCAGAGAGACAGAAAGGCAGAGAGACAGGCAGGCAAAACAAGCCGACAGGCAGAACGUAGGAAGGUGUGUCGAGGCCUUGUCUCCUCUUCCUCCUCCUCCUCGAGAAGCAGAGAUCCUGUUCUCCUGCUCUCUCCUUCAAGGACUUCCACACUCUGAGACCAAGAACUACUACUGCUACAGUUCCUGUUCCUGUUUGUUAGCAAGGAAAUACUGCUGCUACUACUGCUGCUACUACAAUUCCUGUUCCUGUUUGUUACCAAGGAAAUACUACUGCUGCUACAGUUCCUGUUCCUGUUUGUUACCAAGGAAAUACUUCUGCUACUACUGCUACUAUAAUUCCUGUUCCUGUUUGUUACCAAGGAAAUACUCCUGCUACUACUGCUACUGCUACAGUUCCUGUUUGUUACCAAGGAAAUACUCCUGUUACUACUGCUACAAUUCCUGUUCCUGUUUGUUACCAAGGAAAUACUGCUGCUACUACUGCUACAAUUACUUUUUGUUACCAAGGAAAUACUACUGCUGCUACAGUUCCUGUUCCUGUUUGUUACCAAGGAAAUACUCCUGCUACUACUACUACAAUUCCUGUUCCUGUUUGUUACCAAGGAAAUACUACUACUGCUACAGUUCCUGUUCCUGUUUGUUACCAAGGAAAUACUGCAGCGCAGUGGAUAUUAUCACGCACACGGAGGAGUGCUACUCUCUCCCUCUCUUUCUCUCACAGUCACAGGCAGACAAAUGGACGACUUUCUCUAACAGCGUAUCAGUGGAUUUCUCAUUGUUUCGGGACUUCUCUUGCUGGCCUGGUGUGUGUAGUGGUGUGUGUAGUGGUGUGUGUAGUGUGUGUUUUUAUCAGAGGUCACGCCGCGUGCUGUGGGAGUGUGUGUGGGCGAUCCACCUUCUCUCAGGUCCCCUCCCCUCUCAUCCUUUUCUACCUAAUCUCUCUCUCUCUCUCCACCCCCCUCUCCUGUUCACCCUUCCGUCCCUCUCCACACCUCACCAAACUCCUUCCCUCUCUUCCCCCUCUCUCUCUCUCCAUCCUCACCACACCUCUCCCUCUCUUCCCUCUAUCCUCUCUAUUCCUCCGCCCCUCCAUAUCCCACGAUGCCUUGCCCCAGGCCACUGCGCUAGGCCCCAGCAGUAUGGGCAGAGCCUGGGAGGGGAGAGAGAGCUCUGAUUGGUCCAGGUCGGGUCCCCCUUCCUUUGCUUCCAAUGGGGGAGGACACCGAGAGCUCCAAAGGCAACCACAGCUUCCUGCGAGACUACGUCACCGAAGCUGAUGUAAUCUCUACAGUGGA